UAUUGAACAAAUAUUUACAAGUAUCAAUGAUGCGCCGAGUAAUAUUGAGUUUACUGUAAAAGUGUCUUAUAUGGAAAUUUAUAUGGAAAAAGUCAGAGAUUUAUUUAAUCGUAAGAUUUAUUUAUUGUUUUAACAGCUAUGAAACAUUAAUAUAAAUAUAUAUACAUUUAUAUGUAUAUAUGUAUAUAUUUAUAUAUUUAUUUAAUAGCUUCUAAUGAUAACUUGGCUAUUCAUGAAGAUAAAACUCGUGGAGUAUAUGUAAAAGACUUGUAUGAAAUUUAUGUCGCUAAUACAAAUGAAGUAUACCAAGCCAUGAAAAAUGGUAGCGCUAAUCGUGCAGUCGCUUAUACUCAAAUGAAUGCUGAGAGUUCUCGAUCACAUUCUAUUGUGGUUAUCACAAUCACUCAAAAAAACCUAGAUACAGGUGCAGCAAAAAGUGGUAAACUUUAUCUUGUUGAUUUAGCUGGUUCUGAAAAAGUUGGAAAAACAGGUGCUUCUGGGCAAACACUUGAAGAAGCAAAGAAAAUUAAUAAAUCACUAACAGCCCUUGGUAUGGUGAUAAAUGCUUUAACCGAUGGAAAGUCAAGUCACAUUCCUUAUCGUGAUUCAAAAUUAACUCGUAUUUUACAAGAAUCGCUAGGUGGUAAUUCACGUACUACUUUAAUCAUUAACUGUUCACCUUCAUCUUAUAAUGAAGCUGAGACUAUCUCUACCUUACGAUUUGGUGUAAGAGCAAAGACAAUCAAGAAUAAGGCUAAAGUUAAUGCUGAUCUAUCUCCUGCUGAGUUGAAAGCACUUUUAAAGAAAGUCAAAUCAGAAACACUUACUUUCCAAGCUUAUAUUGCAGCUCUAGAAGAGCUUCCUCAGUUAUUGAAGACCCCUCUAGACCUACAACUCCUUCUGUGGUGUUAGAAAAAGAUGAACGUGAAGAGCUCUUGAAGCGAGAAAAUGAAUUAAUGGAUCAAAUUGCUGAAAAGGAAACCGAACUUGCAAACCGUGAGAAGUUAUUAGAAUCAUUAAAGGAAGAAAUGGGCUACUAUAAAGAACAAGAGGCAAUCGCUACUAAAGAAAAUCAGCAAAUGACUACUGAGUUAAACGAACUUCG